AUCAUCUUUCUUUAAAGAAGAAAAUUGUUCAUCCAUGGAUAUUGAAGAGGAAAUUGACCAUAACCUGAUCGAGAAUCAGAACAAUGGCAUGUCCCCUACAAAUGCCCCUGGUUUGCCCCUGCAAAUUCAUACUAGAGAAAAGUCUUUCCCAUGUGCAGCAUGUAGAAAGACUUUUCUACGCAAAGUUGAUCUUCAGAGACACCUGAUAAUGAUUCAUACUGGUGAAAAGCCUUUUCCUUGUACAACGUGUGGAAAAUCUUUCAACCUAAAAAGUAAUCUUCAGAGACACCAAAGAAUGCACACUGGAGAAAAUGUUUACCAGUGCACAACAUGUGGAAAGGCUUUCACACAAAAAUGUAAUCUCCAAAAACACCUGAUGAUUCACACCGGUGAAAAGCCAUUCCCAUGUAUAACAUGUGGGAAAUCGUUCAGGCAAAAUUAUAGUCUUCAGGCACACCUGACAAUUCAUUCUGGAGAAAAGCCAAAUACAUGUACAACACGUGGAAAGGCUUUCACACAAAAAUCUGAUCUCCAAAAACAUGUGAAGGUUCACACUGGUGAAAAGCCUUUCCCAUGUAUAACAUGUGGAAAAUCAUUCAGAGAUGGAUUCGCUUUAAGGAGACACCAGGAGAUUCACAAUGAUGAAAAGCCUUACCCAUGCAUAACAUGUGGAAAAGCUUUUAGAGAUGCAAGUCAUUUAAGGAGACACCAGGGGACUCACACAGGUGAAAAGCCUUACGUAUGUGCCACAUGUGGAAAAGCCUUCAGCAAUAGAGGUGCUUUCAGGACACACCAGAUGAUUCACACGGGUGAAAAGCCAAAUACAUGUAUAACAUGUGGUAAGUCCUUCAGAGAAGUAGCCUCUUUCAGGAGACACCAGAAGAUUCACGAUGAUGAAAAGCCUUACCCAUGCAUAACAUGUGGAAAAGCUUUUAGAGAGGCAAGUGAUUUAAGGAUUCACCAGAGGAUCCACACAGGAGAAAAGCCUUACCAAUGUACCACAUGUGGAAGGACUUUUACAGUUGCAAGUACUUUAAGGAUUCACCAGAUGACCCACACAGGAGAAAAGCCUUACCCAUGUAACACAUGUGGGAAAGCAUUUAGAAAGGAAUGUAAUUUAAGAAGACACCAGAGCACUCACACUGGAGAUAAGUCAAUGUACCACUGAGUAGAUUGGCCAGGUAUACUGUAUGUAAAGAAAAAAAAAAGUUGGCAAAGGUUUUUUUUUGUAACAUUAGAAUGCUAACAUACUGUAUCUAAAUUAUUUCACUGCUAUAACAUGAAGGAAAAAUGUGCAAUUUUUUGAUAGGUCUUUUUUAAUUUAAAUAUCCUUAAGUAUUCUUGUGUGCUCUGAGAAGAAAAUUGUCCUGAAUACUUAAUUAUCUCAUUACCUUUAAGACAUAAUUUCCAAAAAUAACAAAAUAAAUUAACUGAUCUCAAUUUAAAAUAACAUGCAGAAAAUUUGGACAACCACUUAGAAACAGUGUUUUAGACAGCCUCCCAUGAAUUUAAGGAUACAUGUUAAUUUUCUUGAGAAAAAAAUAUGUUGUAAGUGGCUCCAUGUAAAAUAUGAAUGUAUUGCACUCUGUUAAUGUUUAUCAAUAUGGACUAUAUGUAAAUGAUUACUGUAUAUGAUGAAGUGACUGAGACAGCAGGUGGAUUGAGUAAAAAAUAUAUCCUUUUCUCGUGUUUGCUCAUUGAACGUGUUAGCAGUAGAUGAUUAUUGUGCAUAUACACAUUUAUAUAUCUCUGACUGAGCCAAUGUAA